AUGUCCCUCUCCCGCAGCCCGUCUCCUAUACCUGGAGGUGGUUGGGCCAGCCCUGGCUUGACCAUUAACACCAGCGGCCGAACGACUCCAAGCAAAGGCUUCUCAGCUUCCAACGGCGCCUCGACACCCUGGGACACCGCCAAGAUGAGGUCUCCAAGCGGCAUGAACGGCUAUCCCUCCUUUUCCACCCAGAACCAGGGCUUCUUCACACGACACAUGCGCCGCAUAUCGAGCAGCCUGCCACGAUUCAACAACCAGACCCCGUACGCCGAGAAGGAGAAGCUGGGCAGACCACAAUGGGGCGCGCAAAAGGUUCCCUUGACGGGGAGGAUACGGAGCGUCUUUGCGCGCAUGGGGAGGAAGAUGAAAGUGCGGCUGCUGCUCCUCUUCAUCCUGCUGCUCUCAAUCACCAUUUUCUACACAACUCCCCUGGUCCACCAUUGGCGAAGAAAGAUGGGCGGCGGAGAGAAGUACGUCAUUAUCCUGGCUGCGAACAUUGGUGGCGGAGUCAUGGAGUGGAAGGGAGCCCGCGAAUGGGCCAUUGAACGAGACAGCGUGCGGAACAAGAAGAAAUACGCAUACCGAUGGGGAUACGAUCUCGAGAUUGUCGACAUGAGCACCAAGAAGCGUUAUGCUCACGAAUGGCGCGAGAGCUGGGAGAAAGUCGACUUCGUUCGCCACGCUUUCCGCAAAUACCCCAAGGCUGAGUGGGUUUGGUGGCUGGACUUGAACACAUACGUUAUGGAGCUUUCCUUACCCCUGCAGAACCACAUUUUCAACGACAUCAGCAAGCAUGUCUACCGCGACAUCAACGAGUACAACCCGCUGAACAUCUCGCAUCCCUUCACCGAUCCGUACCUCGACGAAGAAUCGCGAAGCCCUGUUGGCGACGGAAAGUCCGACUCUGUCAAUCUGAUUCUCUCCCAGGACUGCUCAGGCUUCAACCUCGGCUCCUUCUUCGUGAGACGGAGUGCCUGGGCUGAUCGCAUGCUGGACAUUUGGUGGGACCCGGUCGCCUAUGAGCAGAAGCACAUGGAGUGGGAGCACAAGGAGCAAGAUGCGUUGGAGCAGAUGUACACAACUCAGCCCUGGAUCCGCAAGCACACCGCGUUCCUCCCCCAGCGCAUGAUUAACAGCUUCCCGCCCGGCGCAUGCUCCGAGAAUGGCAACGACACCCGCAUUCACUAUGACCAGAAGGAUCGCGACUUUGUCGUCAACAUGGCGGGAUGCGAAUGGGGCCGCGACUGCUGGGGAGAGAUGUACAACUACCGCGAGCUCAGCUAUUACCUGAACCGCAAUCCCUGGGAGCGCUUCAAGGAGGAUCUCGUGGCCGUCAUCUGGUACAAGCUCACUGGCCAGAAGGUCAAGCUUUGA